AUGGAUGCGAUCGUCCACGCGCUCUGCGCGGCCAAUCAGGACCAAGAGAACGUCUUGCAAGCGCUGAGGGACUUCAGAGGGUGUUAUGAGUCAUGGGGACCAGGGAAGGUGGAGGUUUUGCCACAGAAUGCUGUGAAGGCAAUCACAAACGUGGUUUCCUCCCAUCUACCUUCUGUGGCAUUGGUGUCAGCAGGGCUCCAAUGCUUGUGGCUGAUCGGUGUCCAUGCUUCCCAUGCUGCUGCUGCCCUGCGCCUUGAGGGAGGCUUGCAACUAUGUUUGAAAGUGCUGAAACGCCACCAAAGCCGUGCCGACAUCACAGCGCUGGCUUGUAGGACGCUUGCAAAGUGCAGCAGUGGAAGUGUGGCAAGCGUGCAGGCCAUCCUGAAGGAGAAGGGUGGAUGGGCUUGCUUGAUGGGAGUAUUGAAAGCGAACUGCACAGAAACAACUGUAUAUGCUGCCCCUGAGUCAGUUGCUGGCAAUGCUUACCAGGUACAGAAAGGGAGCUGUACAGAUGGCAAAGGAUGGGCUCUUGGACAAGGUUGCCAAAGCGAUGGAAUACUUCAAGGGUGA